ACACAUAUAUACAUAUAUACAUAUUUCAACGUCACACACCACACACAAAUCAUAUUUAUCAUCAAAGAUGACUGUUUGCGAGAUAUAAGAAUGUUUCAACAAGAAUUAUUUCAGUCUUAGGUAUACACAUCUCCCUCUGUAUGCGGAAAAAUGCAAGAUUUACAUCAUUUCACUAUCAAAGUAUCGUUGAUUAUUGCUUUUUUUAUAGUACUUAUCACAAUUGUGUUUAAAAGUAUUGUAUGGGUGUUUAUUGUGGCUAGUAUCUAUAUAAUUGCCAGCUUUUAUGCCGUUCAAUUAGUACGAUGUCUCGACGGUUUCCUAACAAAGUUUAACAUUGUAAAUAACAAAUUGAUCAAAAAGUGUGAAGUCAAAGAUUUGUGCAGUGUUUGUAGCAAUGAUACUUGCAAGAGACACAAGUUAUUACCACAUUCGACGAGAGUUAAAGUGCCAAAGGAUUUUGAUCAUGCAUUGGAAGAGCUUCUGGAACAAGUUCUACAAAUUUAUGUCUGCACAUGGUACUCGGACUUUUCAGCAAACAAAGCCUUCAUACAACAAUUACGCUUGGCUAUAACAACAGCGGCAAAGAACAUUACUGAUCGAUUAUUUCGUGCAGACACAUCAAUUAUCACCUUCUGUCAUCUGAUUCCGCUGACUAUACAACAUGCUCGGAAUUGGAACAUACUUUUGAAAAACUCAAAAUUGGAGAAGACAAUGCCUCAAGAUUAUCUAAAAAGUUGUCUGAGUUCGAAAAUUCAUCCCGCUGCUUAUUCAAGACAAGCUGAAUUGAAUUAUUUACAAGGAUUAGCAACCGCACUGCUACCUUAUUUAUUACCUGCUAUACACGUUUCGCGAAAUAAUAAAGUAAUACUUCGGGAAAUUUUAGCAAAUUGGGUGCUAUUACCGGCUACUGACGCACUUGCAGAUCCAGAUAACAUAAAUGGACUAGUGACAUUGUCGACACAUCACGAUACUUGUUUGUCUAAUGCUGCAGAGACUGCUCGCGUACCAAUGCUCCAAUCUUGGAUAACAGGGAUGCAUCCGCACGUCAUGUACAAUUGUUUCAAACCAUCUUUAAAUGAAAUUUUAAAUGAUCCUGAAUUAUUGUACAUGUUUAUGCAACAUAUCAAAAAGUCAGGACCAAUGAAUCUUCUUCAAUUCUGUUUAGAUAUUGAUGAUCUUAGUAAACGCGUAUUGAAUCCAGAAAUGUCGAUUAGUGCCGAAGAAAGCUUAUAUAUAGAUGUUCAAAAUAUGUAUACGAUAUAUCUUGAUCCGGAUGGUCCGGAAUAUCUAUAUCUGCCAUUGCACAUAUCGAAGGGUAUACAACAUAUAUUGGAAGGUGGAGCGACAAAAAUUCAAGAACUAAGAACAUCACGAUCCUUCUAUCAAGCUCAUCAAGAGGCGCAUGCGCUUUUAGAGAUUACUUGUCUACCAUCGUUUCAUCACAGCUACCAGUUGUAUAAACUUUUGUGUGGUCAUUUGACGUUGGAAGAAGCAAAAACUAUUGCAGCCAAUACGAAAGGGAUGUCUACUCCUGUGCGAUACAGUAAUCAAGGCAAUGUUUUACGUACAUGCGCAAUUGAUGGUGCGCCAUUUCCAUUGCAAGACAUCUAUCCGAUCGAGGAAGUGGAUUGCACAGUUCGGGCUUAUAACGAGAUCAAAGGUUUCGAUGACAAGUGCAAUCGCGAUUUGACGACAUGGCGAAUUGCCAUUCCACAUGUGGAUGGCGGUGGUACACAACCAGUAUAUAUGAUUGCCAUUCAUAGCGUGGCGGAAGCGAAAUCGUGGACGGUUCUACGACAAGAUCAAGAUUUCUACACGCUGCGUACGCGACUGGUCGAGUUCCACGGCGAUAAGGAAUUGAGCGAUUCGCCAUUACCGUCACGUAAAAAUCUUUAUCUGCCACUCACCGCCAAUCGUCAACGUUAUGAGGAAUUUUUGCAGAAAUUGUUAUCGAAAUCGAUGCUGAGAAGCAGCGAACUCCUCUACACUUUCCUCACGACACCGAAUCUGAAGCCGUACUACGCGAAUUAUAGCACGCCCGAUAUCGGGAUUCUUUAUCAGAGCAUGGCUUAUAAAUUGCGGAAAGAGAAGGGUCAACAUCUUGACAAGUUCAUGAGCACCUUUUUAGCAUCGACAAAUACAAAAUAUGAGCAUAUGGACGUAGGCGUUGAACCAUCGAAUGAGCAGAAUCCCGUAGAGAUAGACAGCCGAGGCAGAAAGCUGCUAAAUGAUAUAUUCCGUAAUAAUCUGAAUCUGUCUAGCGAUUCUGAAAAUUUCCCCUGCGACCUAUUACAGCAUGAUCAUGCAAAAGGCGCGAGCUUAUGUAUCGUCGAAGCUGUGGAUGGUUUACUACACAUACCGCCAAUUAUCGCACGACUGUUUUGGAUAUUCGCUUCUUUGUCACGUAAAAGAAUCGAUCCUCUUAUAAAUACAAUAUUCUACAACAUGUUAAUCAAGCUUCUGAGUGCUGGCCGUGCUGCUAUCGUCGUCAAGCUGUUACACGCAAAAAUAGUAGAGAAAAAUUCUACGAAAGACUUGACCUCGCAAGGAAGAUGCCGAGAUUAUUAUGAGACUGCUAAAGAAGGGCUAUAUUCUUUGUUACCGUGGUGGUUGAUGGGGCUUUCCAAAUCUUGGAAUAAAUUGGUAGAUUCUUUAUUGGAUCCUUUGCAAAAUGCGCCAUUUAAUAAACAUCUCGUGUAUCUCUUGCUGGAUCAUCUCCUAGUAAAUCUUUUCCCAGAAGUAACGACGCAGCGGCCUCUUGAAGAAACAUAAAACUGAAUUAUUAAAAAUAAUAACAUUAUAUAUAUUAUUCUAGGAAAUCAUUUACGUUUAGGUAUUUCUGUUUUAUACGUAUAUAUUACGUAUGUAUGUAAAUAAAACUUUUAACAUGA